CCACGGAGGGAGCGGAGAGGACACGGCCAGGGGAGGCGCAGGUCCCGCGUGGAGGAGGCGCCGUUCCCACAGCCCCGCUUGUGGAGCGGGACGCAGCCCCGCGGCCAGGAGACCGCCCAGGGCCCAUGGAGCACACGCACGCCCACCUCGCCGCCAACAGCUCGUCCUGGUCCCCUGGCUCGGCCUGCGGCCUGGGCCUCCUGCCCGUGGUCUAUUACAGCCUCCUGCUGUGCCUCGGCUUACCAGCGAACAUCCUGACGGUGAUCAUCCUGUCCCGGCUGGUGGCGCGGAGGCAGAAGUCCUCCUACAACUACCUCCUGGCGCUGGCCGCCGCCGACAUCCUGGUCCUCUUCUUCAUCGUGUUCGUGGACUUCCUGCUGGAGGACUUCAUCCUGCGCACCCAGAUGCCCGCGGUGCCCAACCAGGUGGUGGGCGUGCUGGAGUUCUCCGCCAUCCACACCUCCACCUGGAUCACCGUGCCGCUCACGGUGGACCGCUACAUCGCCGUCUGCCACCCGCUGCGCUACCACGCCGUGUCCUACCCCGCGCGCGCCCGCAGGGUCAUCGCGGGCGUGUACGCCGCCUGCCUGCUCACCAGCGUCCCCUACUACUGGUGGCCCGACCUCUGGGCGGAGGGCCACGCCAGCUCCGCCGCGCACCACGCGCUCGUCUGGGCGCACUGCGUCACCGUCUACCUGGUGCCCUGCUCCAUCUUCUUCGCCCUGAAUUCGGCCAUCGUGCGCCGGCUGCGGCGGAGGAGCGCGCUCCGCCUGCGCGGCUGCCCCGCGGGCCGCACCACGGCCAUCCUGCUCGCCAUCACCUCGGCCUUCGCCGCGCUCUGGGCGCCGCGCAUCGCCGUCAUCCUCUACCACCUGUACGGCGCGCCUGUGAGGAACCGCCGGCUGGCGCACGUGGUGGCGGACGUGGCCAACAUGCUGGCGCUGCUGAACACGGCCGCCAACUUCUUCCUGUACUGCUUCAUCAGCAGGCGCUUCCGCGCGCUGGCGGCCACCACGCUCAGGGCGCUGUUCACCUGCCGCAAGCAGCCCGCGCAGUUCCCCGCCAGCCACAACUUCUCCAUCACCAGCAGCCCCUGGGUCUCCCCCGCCAACUCGCACUGCAUCAAGAUGCUGGUGUACCAGUACGACAGGGAUGGUAAGCCUGCCAGCGCCUCCCCGUGACCCCGAGCUGAUUCAGGCUGGGGUAGGAGGGCGGCGACAGAGGCUGCCUGCCUCCAGGGGCUGAGCAGCUCAGACUUCGGGUGAGAACAGACAGAGGAGAACAAAGUUUGCACUUGCGCCAUUAUUGUCACAAAGGCACCGUGACAGCUAAAGUCCCUGCCAGUUGAAGGUCGUCUCAUCACUCUGUGGCCAGUAAGGACGGGGUAGAGACACGUGUGAAAUAGUCUGUGACUUGGCCCUGUCGACAGUCACACUCACUGGAACUGUAUGUGGCGCAUGAGGCACAGUACCCCUAGCUGAGCCACUCUUCCUCAAAGAGCUGGGGUCACCCGUCACUUCCCAGUGCUCUUCCCAGCAGCUAGCAGUGCUGACCAAUUUGGGAUUUUUCUGGGGUGCCCUGUGUCCCAGAGAAGUUGUGGUUUUGGAGUGGCCCCAGCACUCCUCGCUGCAAAACGAAUCUGUGAGAACAGGGUGGUAUCGUGUCAUCAUCCUGUGGCCAGUAAGGACGGGGUAGAGACAUGUGUGACCCUGGCCAGAGCUUCUUUGGAAAGACUCCAAACCAACAUCACUCUACCCUCAGCCUUUGAGGUCCGAGGCACAGUCUUUCUAUUCACCGUGAUGUGGACACUUUAUCCAUCUCCUUCAACGCAGAAACCCUACUGCUGCAGGUGGAGAGGAUGGUUUCUUGAGCCCAGAAGAAAAAAGCCCACUUUGCCAUUGUUUCAGUUCACCCGUGUGAGCUGUGUGCAGUCCUGUUAGUCAAACAGCUUCCUGCUGCAGCCCUGCUGCGCUUCCUGGAGAAGCCUUUCGCACACAGCCGCCACCGCCUCCUUGCUUGCUGAAGCCCCCACCACCUCCUUUUAUUUGAAGUGACUUCUGAGCUGGAUUUGAUUUUUGAGGGCCAAGAGCUGUAGCUCUCCAAGUGUGAAGACAGGAUUCUCUGCUUUGCCCACAGGCCAGCUGGCUUUGCCAUCCAGCCACACAUGCAGACACACACUUUGCAGGCACACAUGUACAGGCACACACAUGCAGGCACACAUACAU